AUGCCGCCCUACGUACACACUGGCCCAGUCGACUGCUCCCAGGACGCAGACUGCAGCUCCUUGGCGGGCAAAACCGCCAUCGUCACAGGCGGUGCCAACGGCCUUGGUGAAGCCUAUGUCCGCGCUCUCGUCGCAGCCGGCGUCUACGUCUGUAUCGGUGACAUCGACACACAGAAAGGGCAGAAACUCGAAGCCGAGCUACCAGGAACCAAAUUCAUCCCCUGUUCAACCGGCACCUGGACCGACCAAGUCCGCCUAUUCGAAGCAGCAAUCACCUUCUCCCCAACCAACCGGAUCCACUACGUGGUUGCAAACGCCGGCAUCCACCGCGUAGAUGAAAUCUUCCAGCCAGGACCGGACUCCCUCCCCGAACCAGACCUAAGCAUCAUCGACAUCAACAUCAAAGGUCCUCUCUACACAGCCAAACUAGCCAUGCACCACUUCAUCCGCCAGAAUGGAACCACACCCACUCCAGAGCAAGAAGAUACCUGCCUGAUCCUCAUCGGCUCUGGCGCGGCGUUCCUCGACGUGCCACGCUCGCCGCAGUACUGUGCCAGUAAGUGGGCGAUGCGGGGAAUCAUGCAUUCCCUGCGUCGGACGGCAUAUUACUACGGGUCCCGAAUCAAUGUGAUUAGCCCGUGGUAUGUGCACACUGGGAUUUUGUCCGAGGAGGCAUUUGCACACUGUAAGCGGGCCGGGGUGGAAUUUGCCACAGCGGAGGAUGCAGGGCGCUGCUUGUUGAGUAUCCUGGCAGAUGGGAGGGUUAAUGGUCAUUCGUUCUUUGUGACGGCUCGGAAGUGGGCGGAGAAGGGGUUCAUGGAUUUGGACUUGGAGGAUUUCGGGGAUGAUGCGUUGCUGGCAGAGGUGCAGGAAAUGCAGAUUUGCAGUGCCCCGGUGGAGGCAGGGUUGUUUGUGUAGUUCGGUAGAUUGUCGGCAGUUAUUGAAUAUACGAUGUUUGGCAUUCAUCAUUCACAAUAAUCGUAUGGAACCAUAAUUGAGGCCGAGGCCGGAGAUAGCAUCAACCAGAAUUGGUAUCCUUCCAUGGUUAAGGGUCUAGCUCCAUAGCAUUCCGGAUGGUGAUUGAUGGAUUGGUGAAGAGCGGGUCUGGCUUGGCGUAAGCAAGAUGCAUUAGUGCCGGAUAGCAGCCAAGUUUAUCUUCUUCCGCUGUCUGUGUUUGUG